GGUGUUGUGGAGAAGGACGAUCCCAUUGCCACUCCGCAGCCUACCUCAAAUGACUCUCCUAUUGUAGAGGAGGUUUUGACUGGUGCGCAUAUUGCCACCCCAGAGACCGUGCUUAGACCACGGAAGAGGGCCCUUUCCCGCCGGGCAGAACGGGCGCGGACAUGGAAAAGCGCAAGAGCGCAAUCCCCGGAAUUGUCUGGCUCUGACAGAGCUUCAGACGAGGAGGCAUUCGCGGAUAUGGAUUAUGAGGCGGAGGAGGAUGUCACCCCCACAGUUUAGGGCCCCUCGGCUGCCGUUGCAGCUACCUCCUCUGCCAGGGAUGUGGUGUCCCCUUGUACCGCUUCCCAAUCUGUGGCGGUUCUGGAUGAUUCGGGAGAACCUAUGUUUGACCCCGAAUCUUUGCACCACCCGCGUUCGGCGGAAUGGCUCCCCUCCCCUCAUGUAGGGGCUUAUUUGGAGCACUGGGUGCGUCACUCGCUUUCCCGCGAAUCACGCAACAAACUCAGGGCUGAGUGUCCCAGGCCAUUGGUUCCUAAUAAGGUGUGCGAGACCCCAAUAGUGGAUCCCAAGAUGGCUCAGUUUCUGACCAAAACUGGCUGGAACUCAAAAAAGGGUCUGGAUUCAGCGCUUCGCAGCUGCCAGGACAAGAUUCUAGAUGUCCUCGGCCCACUGACCAAGAUCUUGGAGAUGGCCGAGUCAGCCAGGAGUGAGGGAUCCCCAAUAGACCACGAGGAGUUACGGGGCUGGGCCCAGAGGGCCAUUUGCCUUACCGGCAACGCCAAUACUUCAGUGGCGAUUGAGAGGCGCAAGUCUAUCCUAUUCAAGAUAGACCCUAAGUUAGCUAACUUGGCGCUCACUGAGGCGGGAAAGGAAGCCCAGGGCCUCCUUUUCGGUGAGUCCUUCAUUAAGGACAUGGGCCGUUUUGUGGGCACCUUUACUGCGCUUGACAAGGCCCAGAGUUCGAUGCGCAGGGUGUUUCACGGACGGGUCUCUCAUCGGGCCGGCAGUGGUAGGGGCCGCCUGUCCGGCCGUGCUAGUUUCCAGGCCCGCGGAGCAAAUAGAGGUGCCGGUGGACAAAGACCACCUUUCCAGGACCAACGUAAUCCGUCUCCCUUCUUCGCAUCCAGAGGACAUCAGUGGCGUUCUCGCUCCUUCCGGGGCAACCCAAGCCAUCGCAGACCCCUGGGUAAGUCUCCCUCGCAUCGGGGAUUCUACGGUACCUUGUGUAGGGGGCCGACUCCGGCUCUUUUUUCAUGUUUGGGGCCUCAUCACCUCAGAUCCGUGGGUGCUGACCACGGUCAGGGGAUUUCGCAUAGAACUCACGGGGUCUCCCUACCUUGUUCCCUCCCCCCCGCUAAUCCCCCUGUCGCGCACGGAUUGCGCCCUGGUGGGCGCGGAGCUACGCUCCCUCAGACAAAAGCGGGCUAUCGAGCGAGCGUCCCCGGCGCAGGGGGCUGUGAUCAGCAAUAUAUUCCUCGUUCAAAAGAAAGGCGGGCAGAUGAGGCCAGUCAUCAAUCUUCGCGCACUGAAUGCGGUGGUUCGCUACCGUCAUUUCAAGAUGGAGGGGAUCCAUCUCCUACGGGACUUACUAGUGCCGGGGGACUGGAUGGUAAAGCUCGACCUGAAGGAUGCUUACCUGACGGUCCCAGUGGCCAAUUGUUCCAGGGACUUGCUCCAGUUCAAGUGGAAUGGAGAGGUCUGGAGGUUCACCUGUCUGCCAUUCGGACUGUCGUCAGCUCCUUGGUGCUUCACCAAGUUGCUGCGUCCGGUCGUGUCAUGGUUGAGGACUCGGGGCGUCCGCCUAAUUAUUUACCUGGACGACAUCCUUCUGAUGCACGAAUCCAGGAUCUCGGAUUCCUCCUCAACAUAGAGAAGUCCUGCCUCAUCCCGGCUCGGAGGAUGGAAUUCUUAGGAUUCACGGUGGAUUCUCUCUCGGAGUCCCUCAGUCUGCCGACGGCAAAAUUGCGGGCGAUCCGCAAAGAACUGAGACAUGCGCUUCUCAUACCCCAUCUCUCAUUGCGUCAUCUGGCCCGCAUCAUCGGUCUGUUAGCCUCGUCCAUCCAGGCGGUGUUUCCAGCCCCGUUACAUUACCGUGCGCUCCACCGUCUGAAGAUCGCCCAUCUUCGGACCGGUGCAUCCUUUGCGGACGCGGUGGUCCUGGAUUCGGAGGCCCGAGAGGAAUUGAGUUGGUGGAUAGCCAAUCUGGAAGCGUGGAACGGCAGGGCGAUUUUCGGCUCCCUUCCAGAGUUGACCAUAGAAUCAGAUGCGAGCCUCCAGGGUUGGGGCGCCCAUUGCAAUGGUGUAUCUACAGGAGGCCCAUGGUCAGCGGAGGAGUCCCUCCUGCACAUCAAUGCUUUGGAGCUCCUGGCAGGAUCCUUCGCGGUGAGGAGUUUUUCCAACGGGAUCGCCAACGCUUGCAUCAAGUUACGUAUGGACAAUAUAUCAGCAGUCCAGUAUGUCAACCGUUUGGGGGGUACUCGCUCAGCAACGUUGGCUCGUCUGGCCAAAGACUUUUGGACAUUUUGCCUAUCCAAAGACAUCAUGGUCCAGGCGGAGUACCUACCGGGACUGAACAACGUCCAGGCGGAUUGGAACUCGCGCUACCUAUCGGAUGGCAGCGAUUGGCAAUUGGACCCUCGGGUCUUCUCAGCUAUCUCGGAAUUGUGGGGUCCGGUGUCUAUCGACCUGUUCGCUUCACGGCUGAACAGACAGCUCACCCGGUUUUACAGCUGGCGUCCGGACCCGGAAGCAUUAGCAGUGGAUGCGUUCCUCCAGGAUUGGUCGGUAUCCCACCUGUACGCGUUUCCCCCAUUCUCGAUGAUUCCGAGGACACUCUUGCAGGUGAUUCGUCAGCAGGCGGACCUAGUUCUUGUGGUACCGUUCUGGGGGUCUCAGGUCUGGUUCCCCUCGUUGCUGAGGAUUCUAGUGGAGAUUCCUGUUCUUCUCCCGACCCGGUCGGAUCUCCUCCACAACCCUCUGGGACUACAACAUCCCCUUCUACUCGACGGAUCCCUGCGGCUGCUGGCAUGCCGGAUCUCCGGACACCUGGAUCGUUCGAGGGAGUUUCGGCAGCAACUCGACAGCUAUUGGACAGUGCAUGGGCUCCCGGCACUAGGAAGUCGUACCGGGCAGCCUGGAGAACUUGGGCUAACUGGUGCGUGGAACGGGACUUGGAUCCCGUUUCGGCACCUGUAA